AUGGUCCUCCCCACCAGACCACCCAGCUACGGUCCCUCCCCAGCAGACCACCCCAGCUACGGUCCCUCCCACCAGACCACCCAGCUAGGUCCUCCUCCAGCAGACCACCCAGCUCAGUCCCUCCCACAGACACCACCCAGCUACGGUCCUCCCCACCAGACCACCCAGCUACGGUCCCUCCAGCAACGCAGACGCACCCCAGCUACGAAAGACACGACACCACCCCAGCUACGUCCCUCCCCACCAGACCACCCCAGCUACGGUCCCUCCCCAGCAGACCACCCCAGCACAGUCCCUCCACAUCAGACCACCCCAGCUAUUCCCUCCCACCAGACCACCCCAGCUACGGUCCCUCCCCAGCAGACCACCCCAGCCACAGUCCCUCCACAUCAGACCCCCAGCUAUGGUCCCUCCCCACCAGACCACCCCAGCUACGGUCCCUCCCCAGCAGACCACCCCAGCUACGGUCCCUCCCCACCAGACCACCCCAGCUACGGUCCCUCCCCAGCAGACCACCCCAGCUACAGCCCUCCACAUCAGACCACCCCAGCUAUGGUCCCUCCCCACCAGACCACCCCAGCUACGGUCCCUCCCCAGCAGACCACCCCAGCUACGGUCCCUCCCCACCAGACCACCCCAGCUAUGGUCCCUCCCCAGCAGACCACCCAGCUACGGUCCCUCCCCACCAGACCACCCAGCUACGGUCCCUCCCCAGCAGACCACCCCAGCUAUGGUCCCUCCCCAGCAGACCACCCCAGCUACGGUCCUCCUAAGCAGACCACCCCAGACAACAGAUGA